GUGAGGCCGCAGGGAAGGGCGGGGCCUCAGAGCUGGGGCGGAGUCUUGAGGAAGGAGGGGCGGGGCCUCGGGGGCGGCGGCGGCGUCAUGGCGGAGGCGGCUUUGGACGCUGUGCGGAGGGAGUUACGAGAAUUCCCGGCUGCGGCAAGGGAGCUCAGCGUGCCUCUUGCUGUUCCCCACCUGGAUGAGCCCCCCAGUCCCCUCCACUUCUACCGGGACUGGGUCUGCCCCAACAGGCCCUGCAUCAUCCGAAAUGCCCUGAAGCACUGGCCAGCCCUCCGGAAGUGGUCCCUCCCCUACCUCAGGUGGGGGCUGCCCUGGGGAGGGUGUGGGCAGUGCUCUGGGGCCUCCAGGGCUGGGCUGAAUGUCCAUUCCUCCAGGGCCACCGUGGGCUCCACAGAGGUGAGUGUGGCAGUGACCCCAGAUGGCUACGCGGAUGCCGUGCGAGGGGACCGCUUUGUGAUGCCUGCUGAGCGCCGCCUGCCCCUGAGCCACGUGCUGGACGUACUGGAGGGCCGAGCCCAGCACCCUGGGGUUCUCUACGUGCAGAAGCAGUGCUCCAACCUGCCCACCGAGCUGCCCCAGCUGCUGCCUGAUGUGGAGCCCCAUGUGCCCUGGGCCUCUGAGGCGCUGGGGAAGAUGCCUGAUGCUGUGAACUUCUGGCUGGGAGAGGCAGCUGCAGUGACAUCGUUGCAUAAGGACCAUUAUGAGAACCUCUACUGUGUGGUCUCGGGAGAGAAACACUUCCUGCUGCAUCCACCCAGUGACCGGCCCUUCAUCCCCUAUGAGCUGUACACACAGGCAACCUACCAGCUAACCGAAGAGGGCUCAUUCAAGAUGGUGGAUGAAGAGGCCAUGGAGAAGGUGCCGUGGAUCCCCCUGGACCCCCUGGCUCCAGAUCUGGCCCGGUACCCCAGUUACUGCCAGGCCCAGGCGCUUCGCUGCACAGUGCGGGCGGGUGAGAUUCUCUACCUGCCGGCCCUGUGGUUCCACCACGUCCAGCAGUCCCAUGGCUGCAUUGCUGUGAAUUUCUGGUAUGACAUGGAGUAUGACCUCAAGUACAGUUACUUCCAGCUGCUCGACUCCCUCACUAAGGUCUUGGGCCUCAACUGACCGAGCCCUGGUGAACAUCAUCAAGAACUACCCGUGGAAAAGGCCACACCUCUCCCAGGCCGGUCAACUCUAAAGGCAGCCUGGCGUCAGAGGUGCUGGCUGUCAGCCCAGUGGGGCUUAGGGUCAGCUCCAGAGGCUUGGGAGGUGGCCUGGAGGACCAGGAGGUGCCGGGCAGGUGUGGGUGUGAGCGCCCAGGAAGCUGGUGCCCAGGUGAGGCAGCAUCCUGUUCUGGAAGAGGAAGGGGCUUGGGCACCACCUCUCAUCAGCGCCAUGACCCAUGACCUUGUGCCACUUACUGCCUCAGAACAGUGGUGUCCUGUCUGUAAAACAGAGAUAAUGAUGGUUCCUACCUCACGGGGUGCUGGGGGUGCUAUCUGUGAGGAUGGCAGAGGCCUGGCACAGAGGAAGUGUUCAAUAAAAGGCAUGUGUGACUCAA